AUGGCAUAUCCUGAGGAUUAUGCUGUGAACAUCCAUCAAGGGCUGCUUUUCAAGGAUUUUGCUAAUGUUGCUGCAGGUUGGAAGGCCUGUAAUCUAUGGCCUUGCAGCAAACGGAGAACGCGGGUUAUCGAAAUGCUGAAAGAUGAGUUUGAGCUCACUAUGGCCCUCUGUGGCUGCCCUGGUGUUAUGGAUAUUACCAGGAGCCAUGUGAGAACAGAAUGCGAUAAACUCCACUCCAUGCUUUAA